GCCCCAGUGUUGCUCUCUCUCUCUGUUCAGUAUAGUCAGGUUGAGUGGUAGGAGGGGGAAUGUAUGGCAGAGACUGAGAGUCUUACUGAGUGUGGGAGAUGAGAGUGUGAGGGUUUUUUCGGGAAGAAGAGUGUGAGGGGGUUAUAGGAAGACGAGUGUGGGGCAAGAGAGUGUGUGUAUAUGUGAGUGAGGGUAGUGUGUUUGUGUGAGUGUCCGUGGGGGUGAGCUGCUCGCGUGUCACAUUCCAGCUUCCAGGGAUCGACCCCUGUAUACCGGGAAACGGACCUGGAAAACUUUGAAAAAUCAUUCUUGGGAAACUGUGUGAUUGUAAAACCUCUGAAAACCUGUACCUCUCUGUGACUUUGAACUGUUGCUGGUCUCGCUCGGAAAAUACUCAUCUGUUGAAGGAGGGAUUCUCUCUACUCUCCACUUCCUCUGAUUCUGCUGCUGGGUCUCUGGGCUUUGGAUAGUGGUUUCACUGGUGCCGCACUUACCACGGCUCAGAAACAGGACGGGAGGAGAAAAAAGAAGAAGGCAGAUGAAGAAAGGAGAACAAGACAUUCAAAAAGUGUUUCAACGGAAUGGAUUAAUAAUCUGGAUCAUAGAUGUGUAGCCUACAUCGACAGAGAAGACUGCUGUGCUGUUCUCAGCUGAGGACAGGAGAGAAUUCAGUUCAGACUUUAUGGAAGGGGGUAGCCAGAAGACCUGAUGAUGCCCUAAGGGUUCACAUAUUGUUUCCAUAAAACCAUAUAGGAUUAAAGACCAGAGUCAGCCGAGUCUGACUUAUAGACAGAAGAUACUAGCCUAGACCAGAGAGGCCAAAGAAACAGUUAGUGACAUCAUCAUGAAUGCCCCGCCCACAGGAAGUCCCAGCCCAAAUAUGGAGGUGAAGGUGGUCUCCCAGGAGAUGGCGUUGUUUAGCAACGCCCUGGCGGCCUACACCUUCAUAGCAGACCAGCCGGAGCGAGCAGCUCUUGUGUUUGUUAGUGGUGUGUGUGUGGGUCUCCUUCUCACCCUCUGUGCCCUGGUGGUCCAGAUACACUGUCGCACCGACUGUCACUACAGUAACCGACGGCGACAUCACCAUCAGCACAGAAACAGGACUCACCACCAUCACCAUGGGGACCAUCACUGUCACCACCAUCACCAACCUGGCAACCCUAACACAGGCAACCCUGGCGUAACCACGGAGACGAGUGAAGACAGCGAAUCAGAGGACUGGGACGACAGGAACUCUGACCUCACGGCUCGACGACGAAGGCGAUUUGAGAGAACGCUGCUGCAAACCAGCGUUUUCACCUCCGCAGAAGAGUUGGAGCGAGCUCAGAGGGUUGAGGAGAGAGAGAGGAUCAUGGGAGAGAUCUGGAUGAAUGGACAGCCUGACGUCAACACCGUCACACGCAGCCUCAACAGAUACUACUGACAGGAACGGAGAACGAGAGGAAGAGAGUGAUGGAUACACAUACGGAUGGAAGAAGAGAAAAAGAAACGAUAGGGAAAUGAUGCCAUUUUAGACAAUGUCGCAUUGAAGGGUGCGUGAAGCCUCCAAAUCAAAUCAAAUACUAUUGGUCACAUACACAUAUUUAGCAGAUGUUAUUGCGGGUGUACCGAAAUGCUUGUGUCCAGUAGUUGUGGAUAGAGACAAAUGGGAAUGGACGAGGGAGCGGACAAUGACCUCCAUCCCUCUGACACUGGGCACAGAACCAUGAGGUUUAGGGCGUGUCUGGCAGAGUGAUGUAGUGGUAAAGAAAUAGGUGGGUAUACGCUGAUCACCUUCACGGUGAGUAUAGUAACGUUCCUUAUACUUUCAAGGCAUUUUCCCACAAAAAUUGCGCAAAACUAAAAAAGGUUGCGUGAACGUCUUUUACGUGCGUUUGCCCUCCACCACACCACUGGUCAGACAUGACACCAGGCUUACGCCAAUCUAAGCCUUCUGGGAGCUGUGAUGGGGAGGGAGAAAGUGCACACUUCACACUAGAGGAAAGAAGUAGGUAAUGAGGAUGCAGCAGCCUAAUAGCUGCCCAGGAUGGUUCCUCUGGAGUCAGCCCCCGCCCGAGACCUGAGGUGGAUGUUGUCAUCAACCCGUCUGUAAACUGUGACCUUCCUGACGUCCUCACUGUCACCGUUGACAACGGGCCCACAAUUCACAUCUAUGGAAAUCUCUGUUUUCCUGGCUGAACGUUCUGGUUUUUGUACUUGGUUCCAGACUGGUACUGACUUACACAGCACAGUUCACUACGAGGACAAGGACCACAGAGAAAACCUGUCAACUGGAAUGACAUUUUUUUUUUUGCCUUCACUCAAUCUUCAUGUGUAUUGAAUUGAUUCACUGUUGUACUUUGUGGAUUAAUUCCUUUUUUUAUAAAAUAGCAACACUUUCUUAGUUUGUCUCAGGGAUGCUUUUAAGGGUUGUCGUUGGGGACAUGUUUUGUAUUUUGAAGAUGAUGCAUCAAUCAUUCCUUUAUAGUCACAGAGAGACUGUGACUAUAAAACUGCGUCGGGUUUGGUUCGUCGGCAGGAGUGUGCAUUCGUUAGGUAACUAGCACGGCUGUGUGCCUUGAACGUAGUCACGACUGCUCCAAUUCAGUCAGCUCCCGAACAGUGCCCUUCAGAUAACAACAAAGUGCAAUACAGUCCCCGUACAGCCCUUAAAGAAGCCACCACCAUAUUGCUAACACCUAUCUUUUCCCUUCAGAUGUGAAACACUGAAGAGGUAGUUGGAGUCUCUACUAUAUGUGUUGCUUUUGGAGUGACGCGGGGUUGGUGCAACGCUACCGUGUGAUGUUUGUAAUCGGGUCAAUGGCGCAACACAACAGUGUUAUUAUCUCUGCAGUGUUUCUGGGUGUUUCCCCUAGCUUGUCGUCUGUAUUAGAAACGCUGCCUGUGAAGUGAAAAGUCUGUCUGAGAGAGAGAGGUUCUGUAUGCAUCCUUCCUUCCUCCCCUCCAUGAGGUAAUCACAGAUCUGAGAGAGGUGUACAGGUGAAAACAGUAGGAUCGAGGCCUUGUUCUCACUUCUCCAGUCAAUACAGAUCAGUGAUUUCCUCAAGGAAGGGAGAAAAGAAGGAAAUAAACAUUGCAUUGAAGGAUCACUUUAAUUUAGUACUCAAACAGGGACAGUGGAUGACUGAGAUCAACACACAGACCUUUUAUUGAAUAAUAAAACCCGUUGGAAACAAAUGGUCUGCCUGUUUUGGUCUGUC